GGGCGGGGCGGUGGCCCGCGCAGGGCCGUUUGAAAAGGCGGGGGCGGUGCGUGCGGGGCCUGGUGUGAGGGCGGGUUGUGCUGCACCCAGCGCUUCGGCUUUAUUGUUCUUUUUAUUCUUUUUGGGGCCCUGGAGUUGAAAUGUAACGGGCCGCCCGUGGGUGAGUGGUGACGGUGGAAGAGCUGGUGAGGUUGGCGGAUUUUUCCUUACUGCAAGUGUCGAGCUGCUUCCACGGAAAGAGUUCCACUGCGGCCUGGAGAGUAAUUAGCCAACAUGACGAACACAAAGGGAAAGAGGAGGGGGACACGUUAUAUGUUCUCAAGGCCGUUUCGAAAGCAUGGAGUUGUUCCUCUGGCCACCUAUAUGCGCAUCUACAAGAAGGGCGAUAUAGUUGAUAUCAAGGGUAUGGGUACUGUUCAAAAAGGUAUGCCCCACAAGUGUUACCAUGGCAAGACUGGAAGGGUCUAUAAUGUUACUCAGCACGCCGUGGGCAUUAUUGUUAACAAGCAGGUUAAGGGCAAGAUUCUUGCCAAGAGAAUUAAUGUGCGUAUUGAGCAUAUUAAACAUUCCAAGAGCAGAGACAGCUUUCUGCAGCGUGUGAAGGAGAAUGAAAGGAAGAAAAAGGAAGCAAAAGAAAAAGGCAUUUGGGUUCAACUGAAACGUCAGCCUGCUCCACCAAGAGAAGCACACUUUGUGAGAACUAAUGGAAAGGAUCCAGAGCUGCUGGAGCCAAUUCCCUACGAAUUCAUGGCAUAAUGCACGUUUAAAAAAAUAAAUUAAAGAUCUGGUUUUGGACAAGUGUA